GUAGCUGCCCUGUGGCUCUUAUGUAAAAUAUUCUGCACUGAAAGCUUGUGCUGGUUUACUCUGGAGUCAGUCUCAUAGAAUUAUGUGAGGCUUAUAUUUGGGUAGGAUUGUGGCCUGAAGGGCCCCAGGAGCUGAAUAUUUAUUAGAGGCCCAACAUCCAGUGUCAGAGUCAGGGAGGAUUUUAAAAAAUAGAUAGACAUGCCAUCUUUUUUUUUUUUACUCUGUAUUAGAUAUCAACAUUAAAUGUUCUCAAGGGGUAUCUGGUUAGCCCAGGUGUGAAGCAGACGGAGGGUUCAUUGGACCACUGGCCUGAUCCAGCCCGGUUCUUCUGUUGUGCUGUAGUGAGUGGUAGCCGCUCUUCUAAAACCUUUAAACCAAAAAAGAAUAUUCCCGAAGGGUCCCACCAAUACGAGCUGUUGAAGCAUGCCGAGGCCACCCUUGGAAGCGGUAACCUGCGGAUGGCUGUCAUGCUACCAGAGGGUGAAGAUCUGAAUGAAUGGGUUGCAGUUAACACUGUGGACUUCUUCAACCAGAUCAAUAUGCUUUAUGGAACCAUUACAGAUUUCUGCACAGAAGAGAGUUGCCCAGUGAUGUCUGCGGGUCCAAAAUACGAGUAUCACUGGGCAGAUGGAACAAAUAUAAAGAAGCCAAUCAAGUGCUCCGCACCAAAGUACAUCGAUUACCUUAUGACCUGGGUUCAAGAUCAGCUGGAUGAUGAGACGCUAUUUCCAUCCAAAAUAGGUGUUCCUUUCCCAAAGAACUUCAUGUCUGUAGCUAAGACCAUCCUAAAGCGUCUCUUUAGAGUUUACGCUCACAUCUACCACCAGCACUUUGAUCCUGUCAUCCAGCUGCAAGAAGAGGCACAUCUGAACACAUCUUUCAAGCACUUUAUUUUUUUUGUUCAGGAAUUUAACCUUAUAGACAGAAGAGAACUCGCUCCGCUUCAAGAACUGAUCGAAAAACUCACUUCGAAGGACAGAUAAGCAGAACUUGGAUUUGUACAAAUCACUUCUUCUUUUUUUGAGCAGGCAUGUGGCGGGUUAGGGAUUUGGGUUGCAAUCCUGCACACGUCCAUUGAGGCCAGUGGGACUCACUCAUGAGCAAGGGUGUGCAGAAUUGUAAUCUUAAUUUUUGUUGUUGUGUGUAGGGUUUUUUUGUUUUUUUUUAAAGAAAAGGAUUUCUUUUCAGGCCACCUAGACCCAUUCUCUGUGCUAUUGUUAGAGGAUCUUCUUUGUCUUUUAGUGAGGCACAUGUAUUAAAUGGUUUUCUGUUCUUGUUCAUUGUGUAAUAUUUUUUAGCAGAUGUUGAGUGUUUAUAAAGGAUUUUUUAAAGAAAAAAAAAGACAUGCUUGUUGCGAAAUGCGACGCCGCCGGUCGUAUAUGGCUUCUGCCUUGCCAGGUGUAGCCCAUUCUCAGAAAGUCCUGAAAAGACUUCACGUUAUUCUCAAAGUGCCUUGGCAAUCUUGCUUCUGAGGUACAAAGCACAUAACAAAGAAUAUUGCUGGAAACAAAUACACCAACUACUACCCAGGAUAUUUACUAACACUUGUUAUAUAGAUAGAUAGGUAGAUAGAUGUAUAGGUGAAAACUUUAAAAACAAAAGCAAGCCAUAACUUCUAUCGGUGAUCUCCAGCUUUUAAAUCGAAGUAAUGCCUUUAGAGAUGAAUGUGGGGGUGGGUGGGAGGGGAGCAUCCUGGGAAAGGGGGGAGGAGAGAGAAAGAAGCCGUCAUUUUUGUUUCUUACAUUCUCCAUAGCAGCUCCAACCUGUUAGUUUGGAUCGAGGGAGGACCAAGGAUACCAGGGGGUCGACCAUGUUCUUCUAGCAUGUAUUUGUUCAGAAAACAUUAAUUUAGAUCAGCUGCUGUUCUGUGUUUUUGAAGGGGGGGGGUGCGUUGUGAGCAGCUUGACCUAUUCUGUUAAGUUUUCCUACCCCAGAAAACCAACAAUUUUACAGGAACGUCGAGGGAAACCAAAAGGGGAGGUCGGUAACAGGGAAUCUUUUUUUCUUAAACAAUUGCCGUCCUUGCCUCCUUUUAACGAUAAGUUGAAGAAGUCCUCUUGACAAGGGAUUUUAGGCUCCUCAGCUGUUUCCGAAGAGAAACUGCCUCAGAUGUUUCUUGCUCUGUUCCUUGUGCUGCACCUGUUCCGUUCUGAGGCCUCAGUCACAACUGUACCCAAGUGCAGCUACAGUUUGCUUGUAUGGAACACAGCGCAACUGGAUUUUUUCCUUAAGUGAUCUAGUUUAAUUUUAAUCAUAUGUUGGAGUUUGCUUAGUUUUGUUUCCCCACCCUCUUUCCCCCUCCCCCUGCAAUUGAGGAAAAGAGUCGGUAUCCUAUAACCAGACAACUUUCUAAACAGCCACCGCUGAGUGCUUACAAACCCAUUGUUUUGGGCCACUCAUGAGAAAACUCAGGACUCUUCAUGCGGAGAAAAUCAAAAUGACGAACCUCUCAUUCACAUAUUAGUCCUUGUCAGGUUUUAUUUAGUGUUCUGUAUGCAAACAGAUCUUUCCUGAGUGUUUGAAACUUGCAAUUUCCCUUAGUGCUUAGUCAUUAAAUCUGAAAUGUAAUGAAUAUUUUGUCAACGCAUCUGCUUAACAUGUUUGAAAGCUACAUAUGGGUCUGUGCGUGCUGGGAACAGGCUUUCCUCUGUGGAUGAAUCUGAUCUGAAGGCUGCCUCACGGACCAGCGUCUUGAUGCCUACGCAUUACUAGUGCACAUUGUCUGUGCACUAAAAUUGCAAUCUUUGAAACGCACGCCUGGCCUUUUUACAAUUUCAUUGGCACCGUAGUUCGCUAUGUUUCUAUGGUGUUAUCGAGAUUGCAUUCAGCCACCUGCUGUUAAGCCUUACUGUUCUAGCAGUUAUCCAGCACGCUCUGUAGCUUUUGAACUGAUCUUGAAUUGUUUAUAACUUAAGCAUAAGGCUCUGCAAAUAGAAGAAAUGUUGCAUUUGCAUUGCAGAGGUCUACUUUUCAUGUUCUGGACCUUGAUAAUUAGGAAUCUGGUAGAUGGAGAAUAAUUCUAUAUGAAGACAGCAAAAUCAUCAGCAAUUUUGGGGUUAUUUAAUAGGCACAAUACACUGGGGUUUUUUAAUAUUCCAGUUUUGUCCAUAUAGGUCAGAUUACAAUCCUGAAAUGGAAAAUUCAAAUGCAUGAUUGAAAAUCUUUUUUUUUAAGUUGGGAUUUAUACAGAGCAGUUCGCAAGUAAGAAUAACUAUAAUCUAAAGUUUCCUUUCCUCUUCUAGCUAUCUUAAGGUUUCCCUAACAGGGUUGGGGGUUUUUAAGCCGCUUUUCCCGGAAAUUCAUUUUUGGAUUUGGGAACUGGAGUCUUAAACAAUUUUAGUUCUUCAUGUCUGCGAAUACCAGCAUGAUAAAUGUGCUAAAUAAUUUAAAUGGUUCUGCGAUGGGUUAUAGUGAUUCUUCAGUAGGGAUCAGUAUAUAUAGUGAAUUAGGUUUCAGAUUUUUUCCAAGGGGAACAAUAAAUAGUUAAAAUUAGAUUUGCUGUAAAUGCUGACUUUCUUGUUGCAUAGUAAAAGUUUGGAGAUCACUGUUUGAAAGUGCUCUGCUGGUUUGAAUUACACUUGAAACACUGAAGCACUGAAGAGAAUAGCACAGUAUUCAGACCGAGUAUCCCCUUUUUCUGUGCUGAAUGGCCAGGUCCCAUUGUUUCCCUUUAUUUUUUCCUUUGGUCUCGGAACCCAAAAUGAUCUACCGAUUUAAAAAAGGUAUGUUAAUAUUCGCAACCAAAGCAUCACCUGGAUUUUUCCCGCUGUAAAGCGUUCUUGAGAAGGGAACGGGGCAGUAUCGUUAAAAACUAAAGUAAUAGUUUGGAACCGUGGCUUCUUUUUAAUUUUAAAGGGAUACUCUGCUAAAUACUGGACUGCUUUUUUGAUAUUGAACAUUUGAUGUCCAGGGCUGCUUGAACACUGGGGACAGGCUACAUUUCCUGGCUACCUUUCUAGUCCCAGCCAGCCAGGGUUGAAUACUUUUCUACUUCCAUUACAAAGGAAAAGCCUUAUAACUUCAGAACCGUCUGGGAGGGCUGUGCCCUGAUUUCAGCUACCAGGGUGCCCCUUCCCGUCAGUGACCUGGUUGGUAACUUUGAGAAAGGUUCCAUCUUAAUGAGUUGACAGGGGAGGCCGGAUGUCAGUUGUCAAGACAGGCACAAGUCCCAUUGAAAACCAGCUCCAUUGUGCUCUCCAAAGCCAGUGGCUGGUUUUAUCCAGAGCGUUUACUUUGGUAGGACAGAGUUUUGGAAUUCUGUCCACAGAAACCGCAUGUCUAGUUUGCAUACUCACGUCAGGGAUCCGUGCUCAUAGUACAAGUCUAAAAAUAUGCCACUUUCCGCUGUUUGUGACAACUGCGUUUUAAAAGCUUCCUUUUGAAUUUUUUAUUCAGUAAAAAGAGACAACCAUUUUCGACAGGGCAAAUGUCCCUUGCGCAAGUGCACGCCAACUUUCUUUCGCUGCCUACUAUGCAAUGUAGAAUUCUGAACUUCUGCAGUUACCUUAAAAUAGUAAACCAGAGGCUUCGCCAAUUUUCUUUCGGAGCGGAAAUCUUGCUUUCUGAGUUCUCUUCCCAGGCAAAAGCCUAUUUGCUGCUAUAGAUUCUUCUUACCCUUUAGAUUUUUUCUUUCCCUUCAGCACUUGCCUUGGUUUGGCAUGCAUCCAAAUAAAUAAAUGAAUAAAUAAAAACUGGGUUUGGUGAAUGUCUUAAAACCAACCAAUACUUCUUAAUUUCUCCUGAAAUGUUAUUGUAGGUAAAAUACCAAGUUUGCAUUUUCUUUAAGUCAUAAUAUGAAGGUAGGUUUGCCAUUUUUUUUUUACAAUUGCAAUGUGCCUGUGUUGUUUAUUAUUGUUAUUAUUAUUUACAUUGCAUUUCUGUAAUGGGUUGGACCUUUUGGGGUUUUCUAGACUUCAUUGCUAGAACCACUAGUCACUUUAGGAGUGAGAUACUAACAUUUACAUUAAAGUUUACUUGGUAUUUUAUUUCUGGCAGUUGUACACCUAGUUUCCUCCUUUUUUAAAAAAAAAUAUAGUUCACUCCUAAAAUUGCAGAGUAACUCAGAUUUUAAAAUGUUUUUUUUUCUGUUUCCCCACCCCCCCACCCCAAGAACUGUUCUUCAAUAGUUUUUCAUAGAUUGCUGUAUUUUUAGGGGAAAUGGAUUUUUAUAGCCACUAAACUGUACUCAUUAUUUUUGUACAUGUAUAACUUGAUGUUUGGGAACACAAGUCUUUUGAGAAGUCGUUUGUUUCCUUGAUGUUUUGAAUACAUUUACGUGCAGAUGUUGCAUUGCUAACUAUUUGCCAUAAGAAUACCUUUGGCAUGCAGAGAAUCAGGGGCUCAGUGGUAGCUCUGCUAAAUUGGGUCUGGGGGUUGACUUGCCUAAUUACUACCAAGUGGCUGUUAGAUGCAGUGCAAGGAAAGACAGACUAGAAGAGCAUGAACCAAUUGGUUGUGCUGAUAGGGGAAGCACACGGGAACAUGAUGGUUCCCCAACACCAUCUGCAGAGUACAAUCAUAGCAGCUGAGUACUACUUUUGUACAGUUUGGAAAAGUGACAUGUAAGCCUUCUUUAACUGGAUCACAUCAGACUGCAGUGGGGUGCAAAAUUACUUCCUGAAUAUUGGGGAGAAACCUGGGUAGGUUAGGCAUCUCCAGGACAUGCGUAAACUCUUUUUAAGUUUUGAAGAGUUUUACGUUUGUAAGGAUUCCUUGAACACACAUCUGCUAGCCUGCACUUUGAUGUGGCUCAGUUCAGGAAAAGUUUGCUCACUUGAUUCUUCCAAUUGUACAAAAACUCGCAGAUUAUCAUUCCACGUGCUUUUACUUGUUUCACCGUAUCUCUUCCCAACUCCCCCGGUUUUAUGCUGCAUCUGAAAUUUGCCUUCCUGCCGUGGAGUUCACCGGGCCGACUCCCAAAACUUGAUGCCCAGUCUGCCUAGCUGAGGCAAAACCUUAUCGCAAAUGCAACCGUACAAUCUUAACACAUCUGGUUCUUUCAGUAUUUCAAAACAGCUGGGAGAAAAAAAACAAAACAAAAGGCUUCAAUAUAAAAUACAACAGAGACCUGUACUGUAAGCAGACUGUGCCAAUAUUACUUCAGUUUGUAAUCAUUACUGAUCAGUACUUGUUUUAAAAUGAAAAUGGCUUUUUGAUUUAAAAAAAAAGUUGAAUGUCUGAAAAUCUACAACACAUGUAUUGGAGAGAUGUAAAUAAUGUAUACAGAUUGUUGUAAGUGAUGGGAUGAAAAAAUAUAUAAAUUCUAGGCUUUUUUUCAGUAAGAAACUGAAUGCUGUUUAUAAGAAGAAAAAUAAAUAGCUAUGUUUGACCA